AUGGGUAUCUCCCGCGACUCUCGCCACAAGCGCUCGGCCACCGGUGCCAAGCGUGCCUUCUACCGCAAGAAGAGGGCCUUCGAGAAGGGCCGCCAGCCCGCCAACACCCGUAUCGGCACCAAGCGCAUCCACCUGGUCCGCACCCGCGGUGGCAACCGCAAGUUCCGUGCCCUGCGCCUGGAAUCCGGCAACUUCUCGUGGGGAUCCGAGGGCGUGUCCCGCAAGACCCGCGUGAUCGGUGUCUCGUACCACCCGUCGAACAACGAGCUGGUGCGCACCAACACCCUGACCCGAUCGGCCGUUGUGCAGAUCGACGCCGCCCCCUUCCGGCAAUGGUACGAGGCCCACUACGGCCAGGGUAUCGGCCGCCGGCGCCAGGCCAAGACCGACGCCCCGGAGGAGAAGAAGAGCCAGUCCGUCGCUAAGAAGCAGGCCGCCCGCUUCGCUGCCGUCGGCAAGGUCGAGGGUGCCAUCGAGCGCCAGUUUGAGUCUGGUCGUCUGUACGCCGUUGUCGCUUCGCGUCCCGGUCAGUCCGGCCGUGUUGACGGCUACAUCCUCGAGGGCGAGGAGCUGGCUUUCUACCAGCGUGCCAUCCGGAAGUAA